UAUUGCGUAAUGAAGCUUACGACGGCGUCGAAAUUGGCAAUGACGCUAACAACAUCGAGGCGUCUUGGUCGUACCCUGAAAUAGCUUAUGAUCACAGCAACUCUGACUUAAGUGCCACGAUGUCGGCGUCGCAUCGAAAAAUCUCAAGCUCAGAUCUUUCAGACGGGCGGUUGUCGCUGGGAAUAAGUGCGUGCGAAUCACAACGUGUCCUAUCGCUAUCACCACAACAACGGUUUACUAGUGCUGUCGUUACAACCACUACUACUACUACUGAUACUACUACUACUACUGCUUCCGAGACUAAUACAACAAGAGCUUUUGUUGAAUAUCGACGUAAGCCAGAGAGACACGAAGAGGUCGAAAGUUCGCGACCCUUCGGUAACCAAGUGUCUUGUGAAAAGAAUAAAAACCUUGUCGAGGUUGAGGUAGACAAGGAAGAGGAAGAGGAAGUAAAAGAAAAAGAGGAGGAGUCGGUGUUGGAUGAAAAGAAUCUACUUGAGACGCUAAAACUUAAAGGUGAAAAACCAUUCGAAAAAAAACGCUGUUCUGUUGAUAGCAUCAGUUUCAAGGUCAAGAGUGCGAUUGAAGAUCAUAACGAGCACGACUGUGAACCCGAAAAUCUUGGAGAGAGUGCGGGGAAAAGAAGGAACGAGACGGAGGAAUUUAGAGUGAAUACCGCGAGUGAGAGUGAUAAAGCUGUAAGCGAGUGGGGGAAUGAUGGAGAAAGAGGAGCUGGCUAUCAGCGGAGCAAUGCGGUGCUAUUGAGAUAUCAAGUGGACGUCGAGAAUAACCAGAGUACGUCGGGUGAGUCAAGAGAGGCCGCUGGUGGCAUCGCUGAUGAUACGCACACAACAACUGCUACCGUGGAAUUUUUAAAGAUCGACGACGACGCCGGUGGAGGACACGAGUCUUCCAGCACAGUCUCUACAAGCACCGUCAAGUACGUUCCCCCGGACACCUGUGACACAGAUUUCGUUUUAGUGAACUCUGAAAUCGCGAAUAAUCCGUCGGUUGAUACUUUACUCGAUAAAAAUAUUUCAAAAGCUUCGUCUACUUGUGCUUAUUCUUAUUCUCCCUCCUCUUGUUAUUUUAAUUCUCUAGAAUGUACCAAUUCGCGUUCGCCAGUGAAAGAUCUCUACUAUGUUCCGCUUCAUGAGACGUGUGAUUAUUCGAGUAAGCAAGAAAAAUAUCUCGAUAGUCCAAGUUCGCUGACGGAUCUCUGUAUUAGAAAAAUUCUGUCUAUGCCUUACGGCAUCCAAAUAAUCAACGAGAUAACUCAUCCAAAAUUCAAUAUUUCCACGGAUUCCGAAAAAACUUUCGGAGAUAUAAAAAGUAGUGAACUGGAAGAAGUGGAUCCAGCAGGAAAAGUUUUUGAAAUGAUAAAGAGACGUCCGAAAAGUUGGAUGGGUGUUCCGACGAGUGAAAAUCCGCAGCUGCUGGUUUGCCUCUCACCAUCCCAGCAGAAACUCAAUACUAGUAGUCUACAACUACGCACAAGCGACGCGGACAAGCUUCUCGAUCUACACAAAAAGUUUUUAAAUCGCCGCAGCUAUCACGAGACUACCGGGGAUCAUCGUCGCUGUGAAUCGUUUACGAUACCCAAGUAUUAUCGGGUGCAAGUUAACUCGAGUAAAGACUUGAUCUCAAAGACUUGUGCAGCAGCCGAAGUGCCGGAAAAAGACGUGGGUUUUAAAGAAAAUAAGCUUAAAAGCAAGUGCAACGAGUGGAACCAAUCUAAUCGAGUUACUACCUCGUCAUCUAACCGACUUCUCAAGAUCAUAAAAGAAAAUCCUAUAGCUACCCUCGACGACAACGACAACGACAACGAGCACGACAAUGGCUACAAACACGAGCACGACCACCACGACUAUUCUCUUCCUCCUACCAAGGACUCAGUCGCCUCAAAUCCUCAUAAAAAUGUUAGACAAGAUCGUACAAAAACUACACGGCUUUCAGACUGGUUAGCUCUCGCAAGAAAUGACCCCACGGACUAUUCCAAGUACCAAAAAAUUUCCUCUUGUCAUUUUACUGGUGAACGAGUUAGUUGUCAAGAUAAUCAGCAAGUAAGUGCAUUUAGUCCAGUGAACCGUAGAGACCAGAACAAUAAAAAUUCAAAUAAUAAUGAUAAUAAUAAUAAUCAUAAAGAUGUUGAUAACGAUGGUUGUCAUCCACGGGUCAACAGUGCAUUGAUAAUCCGGUCAGCGGACGUUCCUAAUGAAAUAAUUAAUACUGCGUCAUUGAACAAGAGUCCAAUUACGUACAAGAGUGCGAUAAUAGACAAGUCAAGUGCCGUCGAGCAUUGCAAACGCACUCCGUUGUUUUGUCGUGGUAUUGAUCCAGGACAGGUGAACCCUGCGUUGAUUAAUAACAACAAGCCGGAGACACCACCACGACCAAGUAGAAUCCAACGUACAGUUGUCGACCGGUCCUGCAUUGACACAACAAGUAUCUUUGAUCAAACGCCCCCGCGAAGCUAUUUAGAGCCUCGCAGAUAUGAUCCGGAAACUGAAGCACUUAAGCCUCGUCAAGCUAUUAGCACUACUACCAGCGCCACUACUACUAGCAUUGUAGGAAGGAAAAUCCGAGAGGAUGACAAAGAGAAUAAGCACCAGCAGACAGUCGAGGAGAAUCUAAAGCGAUUUAGAACGGCUAAAGACAUAAAGGACCUGGCUGAUGGCCGCAGACGGUACUCACUACCACCAGAGCUCUUUGACAGACAGUUGGAGUACGUUGAACGGCUUGAGGAUAAACUUAAAAAGGUUAUACUGACGGAGAAAACGGAGACAAAGAUGGAGGAGAAGGAGGUGAAUAGAGUCUUUAAAGAAUUUGACGAGGUGAAAACGGAAAUGGCACUCGAUGAGGAUAAAAGUUCGCACGAUAGAGCGCUAAAGGCGAGCGGGUGUUCAGAAAUCGGUGAUAAUCGUAAAGAAUCGUGGAAGAACGAGUCGAAAGUUGAUGACAAAGGUCGUACCGAGUUUAUGAAGAAUGAGGGUCAUCUCGAACAGUCGACGAGUGUUGAAGUCGGGAAGGACGGCGAGCGUAUUGAAAAGUCGAUACGGAUGUUUGAAAAUAAGGAAGAGUGCUGGAGAACUUUGAAAAAUGAAAAUGUUGCCCGACAAAAGAUUGGGAGAACUAAGUGUAUAAGGUUCUUUGAUAGAGAAGAUGAACCUCAAGAGAAACUCCAAGAGAAAGAAGAUGUGUUGAGUCAGAGUAGAGAGAUCCAGAAAGAUACGUAUGAAGGGAAAAUGUUUGACGAUAAUAAAAUGAUAAAACGCCAAGCGAGACCCAAGUCCAUUUCAAUUUUCCCAACUACUGACGAAACCCUACGCGGAAAAAUGUACGAUGAGUACAGAGAUAAAGUGCUCGAGCGCGAGGAAAGAAAACAUCAGAAAGUUAUAAAAAUUAGCUCUCACGUCGACUUUGUAAAGCCGGAGAGUCCGGAUGAUAAAAAUAAUCUUGCCAAUAACAUGAGUAGCAUUCAGAAGGAGUUUAUCCAGAAGGCCAAAAAUAGAAUGAAUAAGUUUGGUAUCAAUUUGGACGACAGUGAGACCGAAAUUGUUCAAGAGCAGGAUACUGAGACUUCUUCCACUUGUACUUAUACUUCUGCUACUGCUACUAGAAAGACGGAGAGGAGCCAAAGCCAAAUAAUAACGAGUGAGGUCAAGGAGAAAAAUAAAUGUGAGUGUCGUGGCGAUGAGAAAGCCAAGUGUCUUAUCGAUGGAAAAGAAAUCAAAGACGUUGGGAAACUACCCAAGCAUCUACAGGAAUUUCUUGUGCUCGCUGAUACUGAGGAUCAUCAUCAUCAUCAUAAGCAUAAUCAUCAGCGGCAUCAUGAUCAUCAGGACGGUGUUUGGUCACCGGGCAGCAGCAGCGAGCCGCCUUCGCAUAAGCAGCAACCGAGCAGUCCAGAUCGAGGCAAGAAUACAGAAAGAGAUGCUGGUAUACCGCCAGUUUGGACUCCUUCCAGCGCAGGAGCGAGUCCUGUUGCCGAGCGCAAAGAGUUUCGUCCAGUCACCUUCGAAAGUCCUAUUCUAGGUCGGAGAAAAAAAGCUCAGGCGGAGCAACUGUCGCAGCCGCCCUGGAAAAACGAACAUCACCAGCAGGAAACGGAAAAUAAGAACAGUACGUCCAGUAACGGCACUGCCACCAACUCAACUUCUUAUAAUAUAAGCCCGCGGAUCGUAAACUCUCACUCGGUGCCGUCCCAAGGGUUGAACACCCUCGCAACCACACCAAGACUACCGCGUGCGCAAAAUCCGACAAUUACUCUCCUGCAAAAGGCCAGAGAGGGUCAAUUGCCCAAAGGUGCUGCCUACCUCACUGAGACCGCCAGCUUCAAAAAUAACGACACCACUGAAGACAUAAAAUACGAAAAAAAGCCCAAAGAAGAAGAAGAAGACCUUAGAAAAAUGGAAAAUCCACCGCGAAAAAUAGAAGGCAUCGGACCGACAACUAAAGACGGGAUUCCCGUUGCUCUUAGAUCGGAGGUAAAAGACGAUAACCAGGCAAAGUGGUACAAACAAAUGUACGACUCGCUCCACCGUGCCGGCAAAGACGAUGACUACGUGACUAUCCGAUACAAGCCACGGCGAGGAUUUAGAUACGGGCAUGGAAGUGCCAGCGGUUAUUUAAGCGAACCUGAGCCACGUGCGUAUGCAGACAAGUCCGCGACAUUGGAUAUACGGAGACGUCAAAGAAAUAAAGAAAAUGACUCGACAAUCUCGACGAUGCCAAGAAAAAGCGCGCUGGUGAAAACGACGGCUGAAGUUUAUCGAAAUCAACCGGGACGCAUUGAGAAUUAUCAACCAGGUCAAUCUACUAUCGGUGAAAAAGAAACUAAAGAGUGGUGGGACGAGGUCAUGGACAUAUUUGAUAGGCCGUUUGAUCAGCACAAUCCUCACACGGCCAAACCCUACAUGAGUCAUGCACUAAAAGAAUCUGGAUACGAGAGUGACUCGACUCUUAUUUUCCGUCGACGAGAUGACGUCAGUCCUCUAAGCCCACUCGAGCAGAGACUUGCAUACAAAACAGUGCAGAAGGGUGGCGACGUUCCUCUACACGGGCUACGAAAACUCGCACCCGAGCGACCCAAAGAGUACUCACACGCACCCCCUCCGCCGCCGCCGAAAUCGCAUCUCUGCAGGACCGAGUAUCAAGAAUCACCGAGACGAUAUGUCGAGGGUGAGGUGACGAUUCAUUAUCGUUCUCCAGUCCGUGCGGAAGCUAAGGAAAUUCUUAGCGAAGAAGAACUUGCACGGAGGAGUGCCGAGAAUAUGCGCCGAGUUUAUCAGGAGGAGAGACGGAGAAAAUAUCUCCAAGAGUUGCACGACAUAGAUUCCCGUCGACAUACUGAUAACUUUAUACCAUCGCAAAAGUCUCCGAUACCAUUGAAUCGGUACGACGAUUUUGUGGAUGACAUGAGUUAUAGAAGUAGAUCUCAAGAGCAAACUCCCGAGCCGCGACUUGUCGCACGAGCGAUGUACAAUUUUGUGGGACAGACAUCGCGUGAAUUGUCAUUCCGGCGAGGUGACAUAAUUCUCAUUCGCCGGCAAAUUGAUAAAAAUUGGUACGAAGGUGAACAUAAUGCUAUGAUCGGUCUCUUUCCUCUAAAUUAUGUCGAGGUCUUGCCGUUUGAAGGAAUGAGAUCGACCCCGAAAAAACCCUACGAGGGUCAAGCACGUGCUAAAUUUAAUUUCAUCGCUCAGACGAACCUCGAGUUGUCUCUUGUGAAGGGAGAGCUCGUUGUGUUGACAAGAAGAGUUGAUGACAAUUGGUUCGAAGGACGGAUUGGCAGUCGCAAAGGCAUAUUUCCUGUUACUUAUGUUGAAGUUAUCAUGGAACCGGGACAACACCGACCCGAAACACCCGUCUCCAGUAAACCAGUUGCGUCCCCAGCGGCUCACAGCAUGCUGUCCAAUGGUACUGCCAGCGGUAAAUUGAGCAUGGGGCCUCAUCACUACACACCCUCGAUACCUGUUAAAACUACUUCUACUGAGCCUCAAUAUAUAUCACUGCCACGUAUUGGUGUCACUGAACGCAACAAAUUGCACGUUGCACCUGUCAACGAAACAUUGCACAUCGACACACACUCGGAUACGUUACCAUACCGAGCGCUGUACAAUUAUCGGCCGCAGAACGAGGACGAGCUGGAAUUGAAAGAAGGCGACACAGUCUUCGUGAUGGAAAAAUGCGACGACGGAUGGUUCGUUGGUUCAAGCCAAAGAACUGGUUACUUCGGCACCUUCCCGGGAAAUUACGUCGAGCGAUUGUGAGACGAGGCGAGUCCUCGCUGGCCCGUGCCCGCGGGGAGGUACCGAUUCCCCAAGAGUGUUCCCGUUGAAUUACCAAAGGAGUCAUCGAGAAAAAUCGAGUAUCGCUGUUAGUUAAUCCAACCCUAACAAUAAUUAGUUAAUAAUUAAUAAUUAAUAACACAAGUCAUUAAUAAAUUUAUUUUGAUUGUUUAUUAUUAUAUUAUUUAAUUAGAUAUUUAAAGCUUCAAAGGUCUUCCACGACUUAUUUUUUACGUCGGAAUAUUAUUUGAUAGCGUAGCAUUACACCAAAUAAUAAAAGUUAAUGAUUAACAUUUAAGUUUUAAUUAAUUAAUUUACGGACUAACGUCUAAUGUGUAAGUAGUGUAAGAUAUUUAUUGUUUACUUCCAUUGAGAUGUCUCAGAAUUUAAAUUACAAUGAUGAUGACGCGGUUUGUUGGAAUUAGCAAUUAAAUGCUAAAUAAAUAAUUAAUAAUAAUACUAAUUAAUAAUAAUGAUAUUAAUGUUGAGUCUGUUGUGCAACAUGUGUAUCAAAUAAUCACGAAUUUCUCGUUACCACAUACCAAAAUAUAUAAAUAAAUCUAUACAAAUAUAUAAA